CGUGCUCCUCACAUGACCGUGUCGACUUGUCCUUACUUCCUGUAGCACCAUUGAUUUUCCUGCGGAGAAAAACAACCGUUCUGCUUUGCUGCUCCUCUUGCGCCGUUAAAACAGCUCCAGACCGGAUCCCGACCGUCCGGACCGAGGCAGAAGAAGCGCCAGCCCGUUGUAAUGUGAAGUAGGCGUUUAAAUGCAGCCGAACCUGCGGAGACAUGACAACGGGAGAAGGGGCGGGUAGUCGAGAGGCUCAGUGACAGAAUAAAGCCAAACCCAGGCUGCACCUUUCGUUUCUCACGAGACGCCAACGCCGCAUUUCCUCUAGCAUUAGCAGCGGGCGCGGGUCACGUGACGCCGCCGUCCACUGUCAAAAUGUCAAAAUACACGAGCUUCCCGGAGCCCAUGGACGACAGCAACCCGUUCCAGGACCCGGCUGUGACUCAACACAGCAGCAGCGCUGGAUACGCCACACUGGACCUGUACAACCCAUUUGAUAACACAUCUAAGCCUCCUCCGCCGUAUGAAGCCACCUCUCCUUCUGCUCCAGCUUUACCUGCACAGACGCCACCCAGCAGGACGACUCCCACUGAGCCUCGCAACUAUGGCUCCUACAACACACAGGCGGCAGUGAACGCCACCACAGCGGAGCUGCAGAAGAAGCAGCAGGAGCUGGAGAAGAAAGCCGAGGAGCUGGAGAGGAGAGAGAGGGAGCUGGAGUCGCACAGCCUGGGAAGUGGCGCCUCCCGUCAGAAUAACUGGCCUCCACUGCCUUCGUUCUGCCCGGUGGGCCCCUGUUUCUACCAGGACAUCAACGUGGAGAUCAGCCAGCGUUUCCAGCGCACCGUCACCACCAUGUACUACUUCUGGAUGUUUGGUGCUUGCACGCUGCUCUAUAAUCUGGUCUCCUCCGUGGCCAUGUUCUGCGUGGACACCACUGGUGGUGUCGGCCUGGGCCUUGCCAUCCUCUGGGCCCUGCUCUUCACCCCCUGCUCCUUUGUCUGCUGGUACCGUCCUAUGUAUAAAGCAUUCAGGAGUGACAGCUCCUUCAACUUCUUCGUGUUCUUCUUCAUAUUCUUUGCCCAAGUGGUCGUCUACAUCAUCAUGACCAUUGGUAUUCCUGGAUGGGGUUUCAGUGGAUGGAUCGUGAGCCUUGCUGCUUUUAAAGCCCAUAAAGCUGUUGGUGUGAUCAUGAUGAUAAAUGCCGUCCUCUUUACUUCCCAAGCUGCCAUGGGAGUUAUCAUGCUGAAGAAAAUUCACAGCUUGUACAGGCAGACGGAUGCCAGCUUCCAGAAGGCCCAGGCGGAGUUCGCCACCGGUGUCAUGUCCAAUCAGAGCGUUCGCCAGGCUGCAGCCAAUGCCGCCCAGGGGGCCUUUAAUGCACCACGAUAGACGACAACGACGGGGCCUGGGAGUGUGGGUAGUGGAUGAAAAGGAGGGCUAAGAGGAUCUUUGGUAUUUAUCCCCACCGAAUCUGAUGGAUGGCAGCAGAGCAGUUCAUAAAAUUAACCCUGGUUAAGCUAAAAUUCAGGGCAUUGUGCAUAAAACAAGAGGUGGGGUCGUCUUAAACUUAAAAUGAAUACAGGAAAAGUCAGCUAAAUUGCCAAACUAGAAGUCAUGCAUAUACUUUGUGUUGCUUCGUGAAACUGAAGGAUGCUGCCAGAUGUACAUACUAUAAGAUUCUAAAGCUGCCAGUAAACACAGGGAGAAUGUUUUUGAAAAAGAAAAAGCAGAUUUGAAGAUUUAGCAUUUUUGAUGAAGUCGUAUGUGCAUUGUCUUUUGAAGGUGCCACACUGAGGCAAUGUUGCCAUUCUAACUGCUGUUUCUUAACUAACACUAACAAGUUGUUUAGGUCGUAAUACAAAUGAGAAUGUCUCUAUAAAACCUCUUGCACUGUAGAUUGUGUUGUUUUGGUUUUAUGUGCCACUGUUAUGUUAGUGCAGCUUGUGGUUGUCAGAAUUAUUGCAGGUCAAUGUCUUGAUUUUAUUAAAAUACUGGAUGCUCACA